GUGGAAUGAUGAGUCUGGAGAGGAUAACGUGGCAGUCAUCCUGUGAAAUUCUGGAGAAAAUCUCGCAGUAUGAAGCCGUGCAUCCUCUGUAUGCCUAAUGAACCAGUAGUGGUGCUGCAUACGGCUUUAAUGGAGCAAAUUGGAUCAAAUGUUCAGCACAUACUUAGACAAAAUCAAAGUGGCGAAGUGGAAGAUCCAGACAAAAUUCGAGCAGCAGUAUUUUAUUCCGUGUCUUCCACUCAGCGAGGCUUACGAGGAAUAGAUCUGGGAAUGUAUCUCAUUCGACGUGCUGUUACCGAACUGCGAAGGGAAUUUCCGGACAUUGCUGAAUUCGCCACGCUUUCUCCGAUACCAACUUUUGCGGCUUGGCUUUUGACAAAAAUGAGAUCGGCUACGGACGUUUCCGCUGUGUUUACCGAAGAAGAGCAGACAACGCUCAAGCCAGUCGCCGGCACAACGGAUGUUUUAUCGUUCGUCCGGAGAUCAUUAUCGUCGAACUGGUUUGAGGAUGACAGAAUCCGUAGCGCGCUUCAAGGGUUUCUUACCCGAAUGUGUUUAACGUAUUUGAUACAAGAGAAACGGCGUGGUUUUGCUUACGAUGCCGUUGCAAAUUUCCAUCUGGGAAAUGGAGCUGAAGUAUGGCGAUUAAACUGGCUGGCCGACACUUCCGGCAAAGGUUUAUCGCAGUCAUUUGGCCUGAUGGUGAACUUCCGGUAUCCUUUAGACAGAGAUCUAAUUGAAAACAGCAAUAACUAUAUAUUCAAUAAACAAGUCAGUGUAUCUAACGAGAUUCGCAAUCUAGUUGACAAAUUUCGUGUUGCUCCAGCUGCAGCUCCGGCUGCGGUACCGGUAUGAAUGCUCGGUUAAUAGCGUGGUUUUAUUUUUAUUUGUCUGAAACCGCUUUGUGGUUUUCUGUAUGCCAGAUGUGAUACAGAUUAUAGAUAGUACAGAUUAUUGAAUGUUGGAAAUAUUUUGUCAUGAUGUUUUCAUUUAUUACAAUUUAUAAGAACAGCAAUAAAAGCGGUUUUUCCUACGGAUUGG